AUGCACAUGAUCCCGACUAUUCCCGUCGUGACCAAUGCGUCGACAGAGCGCGACAGCAGCUCCGUUUCUCUCCACGGGAGAGGAGGAGCCGGAAAUGUUGGCCCUGUCGAUAAUGUCGAAACCGAGGAGAACUUGAAAAUUCCAGUUCUCAAAAGCCCUGUCUAUACUACUGGUCGUGGUGGAACUGGAAACAUGGCCCAGAACGAUCCGAACCAUCCCGAGAAGGCGCGCAUUGCGCAAGAUGUCGAGGAGGCUCCCAAGGCCCGCGGCAGUGGAGAUUUCCAUGCUGGACGUGGGGGAGCUGGAAACGUCAUGAACCCCGAGGAAAUCGAGGCUGCCUUGGCCCGCGAGGACGAAGAGAAGCGUAGACUCAACCCUACCAAUGGCACCAACAGCACCAAGAGCCAGAAAGAAAGCCUCGAACCCAUCGAUCACAGCAAGAUUGACUAUCGUGGCUGGGCGGACCGCGGCAAGGAUAAGCUGUUUGGUCUCAAGAAGAAGAUCACGAAAUAG